AUGGAAGGGGGAGUAAUGCGAGAACAACCCGUGAAACAGUUGCUCAGCGCAGAACAAUUUGUCAGGAAAUCACGGACCAGUGUAGAAACUGGCCCUGAAAUCAUUGGCAACCCCGAAGAAGGAUGGACUCCGUUGGAUCAGUGGUACGACAUACCAGGUACUGAGCUGCCUCAGCCACUACAAGACUGGUAUGAACAGGACAGACAAUGGGUUCGGAGAGUGUUCCGGGAUGAACCUCUCCCUGACGCAAACCUUGAAGUCUUCGGGACAGAGGAAGCUGAUGCCGUAAUAACGGAGCUUGCCACUGAAUGGACCCCGGGAUCGAAUGAGGCCACCCACGACGGUCGUUGGGUAGUGCCAGGAUACGCGGUCAGACAAGUCAUUGAGGAUCAUCAUGACAGACCCGUAGCGGGGCAUCUAGGAAGGGAUAAAACCCUUGAGUUGAUCGAUAGGAACUACUGGUGGCCAGGAAUGUCCACGGAUGUAGCCAACUUCGUCAAGACUUGCGAUGUGUGCCAGAGAGCCAAGCAACGUCGGAGACACUUGUCACUCCCUCAACCCCUAGAGUUAGCCACUACACCUUGGACUGAUAUCUCAAUGGAUUUCGUAGUAGAAAUGCCAAAGGAGAAAUCAGGAUUCCGUAACGUAUUGGUAGUCGUGGACCGUUUUACGAAAAUGGCUCACUUCAUUCCAAUGACGGGAAUCAACGCGGAACAGACCGCUAACGCCUUUGUCAAGGAUAUUUGGCGUUUUCACGGACUUCCUAGGAGCAUUGUCUCUGACAGGGGAACACAGUUCGUUUCGGCAUUCUGGGCUGCGGUCACAGAACGACUAGGGAUUCGUAGAAGACUCUCGACGUCGUUCCACCCACAGACGGAUGGACAAACAGAAAAGACCAACCAGCACCUCGAGUCCUACAUCCGGGCCUAUACCGCCGGAACAGGAAAGAAAUGGAAGGACCUACUACCGAUUUGCGAGUAUGCAUAUAAUAAUGCGAAGCACUCGUCGACAGGACAAUCGCCGUUCUACUGUAACUAUGGUUUCCACCCACGAACAGAUUGGCCAACGGAUGCGAAAAUCGGACAGCUGGAUGCCAAGGGAAGCACCUACCUGAAAGACCUUCCCCUAGCCCAUGAGUCAGCGAGAGACACGCUGCAGAAGACAUUUGACAGGAUGGCGUCAAGGCCAGGGGCAGCAGCUCAGCGAUUCACAAUCGGUCAAAAGGUUUUGCUGGAUACUCGGAACCUCGGCGGUUACAAUAAAUGGUCGGACAAGUUCACAGGCCCCUUCGAGGUCGCCGCGGCUGUAGGAAACCGGGCUUAUAGGUUGAAUCUUCCGGUAGAAUGGAAGGUUCAUGACGUGUUCCACGAGAUGUUGUUGCGACCUUAUCGAGAGGAUCCCAACCCUGGCAGGCAACAGAACACACGAAAACGACUCGCAACACCCGAUCCUCAAGAAGCGCUCUUAGAUGAGAACUUCAAACCAACCAUGAAUACUCGGCCCCAUACACGGAGUCAAGGGCCAGUAAUCGACUCGACUCGGCCUCCGAAACGACAACGGACUAGGGAAGACUAG